AUGGAGAGAGGAAUUACGACUGCCAGUGCGGUGGACGCACGCCACGAGAUUGAGGAGACUGUCCAGACAGCAGUAUAUCCUGGGACUGAGGUCAUGACCGAUGUUGGGGAUCUACAUUUCAAACACAUUGGGAAAAACGUACUAGUCCCUCAACCCUCGGAUGAUCCUGCGGACCCGCUCAAUUGGAGCUACAUGUGGAAGAUGCUUAGCAUGGCUGGCAUGGUAAUCACGACAUUCUCAUGGACAGUCGGUCCUCUGGCAAUCUCGUCUCAAGUGCCAUAUUAUAUGACGGAAUGGGACAGGUCGUUGCCUGAUGUGAUCCAGUUUAUUGGCGUCAGCAUCCUCGUCCUUGGAUUCUCAAACUUCAUCUGGGUCCCAAUUGGUCGAGUAUUUGGGCGUCGGCCAAUGGCAUUCCUCGCAAAUCUUCUGAAUAUCGCUUCGAUGGUUUGGAGAGCAGAAGCAAAGUCUUAUGGUUCAUUCAUGGGUGCUUGUGUUCUCACUGGCAUUGCAUGUGGACCUUCAGAGACAUUGCCCGGCAUGUUGGUUGCAGACGUUAUGUUUCUACAUCAGCGAGGGCUCUUCAUGAGUGUAUACCUCUGGAUUGGGUGGUCCGGGACUUUGGUUGGCCCCGUUAUUGCUGGGGUCAUGUCUGAUAGGUAUGGUUGGAGAAGCUUUUGGUGGCUAUGUACAGCCAUUGCUGUCUUUGCCCUGAUUUUCCAAGUACUUUUCAUGCCCGAGACUCGAUGGGGCGAGAGAGAGAUCGUAAUUGUUCGGGAUCCUGCCAGCCAACAUGCAGACCGCAGCGGAGAAAAAGAACCUUCAAGCACGAUGGAAGAUGCACAUCAGGAGUCGACAGAAGUCAAUGCCAACGGUGAGAUCGUUGUCAAACUUAAUGGAAGGCCAAGGAAGAUGCAAUUUUCUUUGUGGGGCAAACCUGACAAGUCGAGCUUGGGAAGCAUUAUUCCAGCUCUAAUCAUGCCAUUCCGGAUGUUCUCAUAUCCGAUUAUUGUAUGGUCAAGCUUUGUCUUCGCAUGGGCAGCAUCGAUGCUUGUGAUCAUCAAUGUCACACAGUCGCAAGCUUUCUCAGGACCCCCUUGGGAUAUGUCGGCCACUGAUGUUGGCUACACGAAUUUUGGGGCCAUUGUUGGAGUCGCCUUAUCCUUGAUCGUCGCCGGACCCCUGAGUGACUGGGUCUCGGCUUGGUUUACUCGACGCAAUAAGGGCAUAAGGGAACCGGAAAUGAGAUUGGUAGCCCUGAUGCCAUUUGCUGUGAGCUGUUUACUCGGCGGUGUCAUCGUCGCAGUCGGCUAUCAACAUCAAUGGAGUUGGAAGGCAAUAGUCAUUGGUGGAUACACCCUUCUUGGACUGGUGUUGCCAGCUCUAUCUGCCAUAUCACUGACAUAUGCGAUCGAUAGCUACAAGCCAGUUGCUGGAGAAAUUCUCGUUGCAGCGACAAUGAUCAAAAACCUAUGGGCGUACGGCAUGACCAGGUUCUUCAACAACUGGAUCGUGGAUGUGGGCUACAUCACACCGAUUAUGGUUGACACUGCUCUUGCUAUCUUCUUCGUCGGGCUGGCGAUACCGCUUUUCUUCGUUGGCAAGACGCUUAGGAAAUGGACCAGGAAUAGCGCAGCUCAUCGCGAAAUGUGA